AUGGCCCAAGGCAAACAGGACAAGCCCCAAGGGGUCUCCAACCCCGACGUGGACACAGGUGAGGUGGCGCCUGUCACUAACGAUGCCGUACUCCAAGAGGAUUUGGACCUGGGAAAAGGUCUUUCAGGCCAUGCGGACUACCAUGGAAUUGAUACCACGCAAGUGCAGCCUGGUGCCGAUGCGGUGUAUGAAGCCAAGAUUUCAAUUCUGAACGAGGCUCUCAUUGAUAUCGGCAUGGGUCCCUUUCAGUGGAAAAUGUUCAUGAUGACUGGCUUCGGAUGGUUUCUAGACCAGCUAUGGAUGCAAGCGGUCACCAAUAUCCAGCCUCUCGUUAAGCUAGAAUUCAACGUCGAGCGGAUUGCCUUCUUGUCCGUCACCAAGUAUUCCGGUCUAUUAGUAGGUGCGUCGUUUUGGCCCAUGACCGCCGACUUCAUUGGCCGCAAACUCGCCUUCAACGUAACUCUCCUUAUCACUGCCAUAGCAGGUCUUGUUGGAGCGGGAAUGCCCAGCUUUGGGGGAAUUGCCACGCUCUGCGCCAUUGUUGGUUUCGGCAGCGGUGGAAACCAGCCCGUUGACAGUGCUAUUUUCCUGGAGUUUAUCCCAGCUACGCAUCAGAACAUUUUGGUGGUGCAGUCUGGUUUCUGGGCCCUUGGUCAGGUUGUUGCCAACAUGGUUGCUUGGCCUUUCGUUGCCAACUUCAGUUGUGCGUCCGCCAAGGACUGCAGCUUUCAAAGCAACCUCGGUUGGCGUUAUGUCUUCUGGACCCUUGGCGUCGGAACCAUCAUUCUCUUCAUCGCACGGUUUUCAUUCAGGAUUUAUGAGACGCCCAAGUACCUGCUUGGGCGAGGCCGCGAUGACAAGGUGGUUGAGGUGAUCCACAAAAUUGCUGCUCGCGACGGCAAGACAACCUGGUUGGAGCUUGCUCAUUUCCAAGCCAUCGAUGCUCGACUUUCUGCAUUAAACCCGGAGGCAACAGUUGAGACUGAAGAUGAUGUUAACAAGACGACCCUUCGGCGAUCGCUGGACAAGUUCACCCCUGACAAGUUCAAGGCCCUUUUUUCCACUCCCCGCAUGGCACUCUCUACCACCCUUAUUAUGUUUCUCUGGAUGGCCGUGGGAAUGGCGUUCCCCCUAUACAACGUCUUCCUACCCAUAUACUUGCAAAACCGCGGCGUAGCCACUGGUUCAUCUUCAUUGAGCAUUACUUACCGCAACUUGACGAUCCAGGCUCUGUGCGGACUGCCUGCAUCCUUCCUCGGUGGCUACACAUCCAACCUCAACCGAUUUGGUCGCAAGGGCACGGGCUGCGCGGUAUGUCUGUGCACCAGUCUCUUCCUCUUCCUGUUCACCCGGGCCGAGACGCAGGCGGCCGUGCUGGGAUUCUCAUGUGGCGUUGCCUUCUUCCAGAACCUGACCUUGGGACUGUUGUACUGCUAUACUCCUGAGCUGUUCCCUGCGCCUAUCCGCGGAACUGGAAAUGGCCUUUCCAUGUUGUUUAACCGCUCGGCAGGACUUGGUGCCACGCUGAUUGGGGCGUAUGUUGGAUUGAACACCAGUGUGCCCAUCUGGAUUUCUGCGGCGCUGUUUGCUGUGGCAGGUAUUGUGUUCCUGCUUUUACCCUAUGAGAGUCGCGGCAAAGCUGCCUCUUAG